CAGGCGCUGUCACGUGAGCGGCGCGGCGCGCCCCCUGCCGGAGCCGGUGGUGGUGCCGGCGGUCGCCAUGGGCUGCUGCUACAGCAGUGAGGGAGAGGCCUCGGAGCAGGAGGAGGAGACGAAGCGGCUGCUGGAGCCGGACCCCAGUCCCCCCAACAAGGUGCUGAACGGGGCCGAGCAGAGCUACCACAACCUGCCCUCGGCACGCACGGAUGAGCAGGCCAUGCUCUCCUCCAUCCUCGCCAAGACCGCCAUCAACAUCAUCGACGUCUCGGCUGCGGACUCGCAGGGCAUGGAGCAGCACGAGUACAUGGACCGGGCACGGCAGUACAGCACCCGCCUGGCCAUGCUCAGCUCCAGCCUCACACACUGGAAGAAGGCGCCGGCGCUGCCGUCCCUCACCAACCAACCCCACCAGGUCCUGGCCAGCGACCCCGUCCCCUUCGCAGACCUGCAGCAGGUGUCCCGGAUAGCUGCCUACGCCUUCAGCGCGCUCUCCCAGAUCCGGGUGGACGCCAAGGAGGAGCUGGUCGUGCAGUUCGGCAUCCCCUGAGCGCCGCGGCCGCGCGGGGCUGGGCUUCGGGCGCUUUGG